CGUGCCCGUCAACAAGAAAAAGCAACGUCGACGUGUCAGGCCUAUCAGGGCGCUGCCAGCUUAUGAGCCUCAAGUCGACCAUCCGCUCGACAGCACGGCUCGCCGUCCUAUCGGCAGAUGCUACCGCUGUCACUUUUUCCCCGGUCGCCUCUUGCUCCUAUGCACCCGUCGUACCGCCGAUAAUUUGCAAGGGUUUGCCGUCGCGCAGCCAGGGAUGGGCCCCAAGACGGCAUCUUCACGCGGUCCCGACGGUACGAGCAGCCGCUAAGGGUGCGCAACAUGAUAACACAGACGCGGAACGCGGUCCAAUGGCCACCUACGACGCUCGUGUGGCUGCAGGGCUAUUGCGAGACGAUGAGCAUCAGCGCUCAAUCAUUGCAACAUACCUCGAGCCACUUUGGAAGCGUCUGCAGACUUAUCGUCCUACGCCAAUACCCAAGCGCUCGCUCGCCGAACGCGCGCCAAAGACGCAUGGCCUCUGGUCUCGCAUAUUCGGUGGAAGUACGAGUAUGCGCUUACCCGGACCAGAGCCAGGUCUACCACCCUCGCUUUACCUUCACGGCGACGUCGGCUGUGGCAAAUCCAUGCUCAUGGACCUGCUCUUUGCAUGCAUACCUGCUCAUCUGUCACACGAUAAGCGUCGGAUCCAUUUUCAUGCCUUCAUGAUAGACGUUCACAAGCGCCUUCACGCUCUCGGGGAAGCUGUAGGUCAUAAGGCAGGCGAUCUUGUCGUCCCCGUCGCCCGCGAACUUGCCAGAGAGGGCAGGAUAUUCUGCUUCGACGAAUUCCAAGUGACCGACAUUGUGGACGCGAUGAUCCUCCGGCGACUCAUCGAGACGAUGAACGCUUAUGGCGUCGUGUCCGUCAUGACUUCGAACCGACAGCCGCGCGAUCUUUAUAAGAAUGGAAUACAGCGACAAAGCUUCAUGCCCUGCAUACAUCUCAUCGAGGAGAAAUUCGAUAUCGUCGAUCUGGAUUCGAAUACAGACUAUCGCAAAAUCCCGCGGGCUCUCUCAAAAGUAUACUUUGACCCAAUCUCACACGAACAUGAGCGAGAAAUUGAGAAACUCUUCGAGGGUUUGACCGAAGACGAGCCCGUCGUGCGUCGGCGACAACUAGAUGUGUGGGGUCGGAAGCUCUACGUGCCCGAAUCGACCAACAGAGUCGCCAAGUUCACCUUUGCGGACCUCUUCGCUCACGCGCUCAGCUCAGCGGAUUACCUUGAGAUCACCAAGAAAUUCGAGACCAUCUUUGUCGUUGACAUACCCAAGCUCACCUUCAAUCAACGAGAUCAGGCUCGUCGUUUCAUACUGUUUAUCGACUCGGCCUACGAGUCCAAGACAAAGUUGUUUUGCCUGUCCGAGGUGCCCAUCACAGAGAUCUUCAGCGAUCGGAAAGAUACACACGAUGAGAUCUCAGAUGCUAUGCGAGCGGCCAUGGACGAUCUAGGACUGAAUGCCGAUCAGAUCGGUGCGAGUUCUAUCUUUUCAGGCGAAGAGGAAAUCUUUGCCUUUGCAAGGGCGGUCUCGCGAUUGUCCGAGAUGGGCAGUGCUGCGUGGUCGGGACAGGACGGACGACAUGCAGAAAUUGCACUGGGCGCAAGUGAUAUGCCAACAACAUGACGUAAUGCAAAUGCUCUAUUGGCGUGCCUUGUCCCGGCGCUUCUCGCGCUUCUUCGUCCUCUCGAAGGCUUUCUCCUCCGCUCUCUCGUCUUGCAAUCCAGCUGUAAUUUUGGCAAUCUGCAUGGUACGCUCAGCAAAGUCCGAAGAGAUGGGAAUGUACUUACCUUUGAGCGAUAAGCGUCGUCUUUUGACGCUUUGAUUUUUGCUUUCUCCCCGGCAAUGAAGCGAUUGUCCUUGCGCAGCUCGCGGA